GUACAAAUGAACAAAAAUAGUACAUGCGUAAAUGUUCAAGAGUCUUACGAUGGUAUUUACUGUCGAUUGUAUUGUUACGCUCAAAAACACGUGAAAAAUAUCAGAGCAAUAACCAGACCAAUAGAUCUUCCAGAUUCCACUUCCAAUAAAAAAAGUAUGAAACAGAAGAACAAAGCACUCCACAUUCACCUUCAAAACCAUCACAGCAGUCCAUAUCACGUCAGUGACCACAAGGCUGCUAUUACUGUAGGUAUCAUAAUGGGUGUAUUCCUAAUAUGCUGGGUACCCUUCUUCUGCAUCAACAUAGUAGCAGCUUUCUGUAAAACCUGCAUUCCGGACAUAACCUUCAAGAUCCUCACUUGGCUGGGCUAUUCAAACUCAGCCUUCAACCCCAUCAUAUACUCUAUCUUCAACACCGAGUUCCGGGAGGCGUUCAAACGAAUUUUAACAGCGCACUACCCGGCUUGGUGCAAGUGUGGCUACCAGUCCGUCUCCCUAAAUAACGACAAAUUCAUCACAGACUACGGAACGAAAACGCUUGUGGUGAACGCGAGGAGAAAUGGCUCUUUCGGAGAGUUUUCCAGCGAGCACUUGAGCUGCGAGUCGGUAAGACAAACGAGAGUCAACUCAGAAAAGGACAUUCUGGAGGACAUUAGUGCUAUUUGA